GAAUGAAUGACAGCUUGCUUGCUUGCUUCACCCCGCUACGAAUCAUAUAUCUCAUCGACGUUCACAUAGCUACGAUCUCACUCUCUACACCUGGAUACACCACGAUACCUCACGAUAGUUUACUACAAUUGUUGUCAACCUCAUAACUACUACGAUUACCACACAAAAACCGCAACCAUGCCUGCCAUCCGCCACUCCUCCAAGCGCAAAGCUCCCCCAAAUGGCUACAGCGAUAUUGAAGAUUCUCUCCUCGUCUACAGCAACAAAAUGAAAGAUGCCAUUGCAGCCCCACCAUCCACUGGUCCCCGCCAUCAAGCCACUUGGGAAAUCACACAAAUAAAUCACCAGCGAAGUAGAUACGUUUGGGAUAUGUACUGUGAAGAGAAGAUCAGCAAGGCAUUAUAUGAUUGGUGUGUGAAGAACGGUCAAUGCGAUGCGACGCUCGUGGCGAAAUGGAAGAAGGAGGGCUACGAGAAGUUGUGCUGUCUUAAAUGCGUCCAAACGAAAGAGACAAACUUUAACUCUACCUGUAUAUGCCGGGUCCCGAAGGCAGAUCUGAAGGAGGAUCAGGAGAUUCAAUGUGUUAGUUGCGGAUGCAGAGGUUGUGCUUCGAGUGAUUAGGCGAGCGGCCUUCUUGCAGCUUGUUCGCGGAUGUACUAUUACAUUUGCGCUUUUGGGUGGAUUGCAGAAAUUCGAGGACAGUGUUGGCUUCAUUCAAUGGAGUGAUGCGUGUCAUUUGGGUAAUGAUGACCAGAGAACCAACGUCUUUCUAGGAUCAUUGUGGGAAGAUUCCAGGAGACAUCCUAUUUGAGAUGACAGAGGAGGAAUAAAACAAUUUGGCAAGCAUCAUUUGCUUUGUAUACUUUAAUGAUACCAGUAUUUGGCAUUUGGCGUUAGGGUAUGGCAUCUGGGUCGGGAGGGAAAGGGAACAGCCAGAGAGAGAUUGGUCAAAGACUAGGAGUAUUGAACGCAAAGUAUUAGAGAUGGGCAGUAUGGAAGGGACAUGCAAGCAUGUUGCGGCAUUCAUUCACCGGGGGCAUCAUCAAGGACGAGGAGGGGGUCUUGAAGGAGUCCCGGAGCCCAGCACCACUUCUUUCGCAGUCUCAUGGCAAGAAAAAUAGUCGAAAAGGCUCAUGACGCGUUUUCAGAGGGCCGAGCUGCUGGCCUUUUUCCUAAUGAGAAUGGAGUGGUAUUUGGGGUUUACGACGGGUAUCUGAACAAUCCGCGUUUCUGGGGGAGAUUCGCAUAUGUUGCAUUUGUUUUGAGAAAGCAAUAGUCUCAAUAGUAAUAAAGAAGGAGAAAUCAGUAUCCGAUUAACCCAACCAAAUUGAGGAUUGAGAAAAAAUCUCCAAAUGCGGAUGUGAAAUCUCCA